AAGAAAGACACUAUGCAAAAUAGUGAAAAACAAUGCUACCAUAGUGAGUCCGCACAGUACCUAUGGCGUCCCAGCUGGGGCCGUCAAUCAUGGGCGCUGUCUGUCAUCUUCGUCUCUGGCGUUUCUCAAAAAAUAAAAUAAAAAAAUUCUUGGUCUCCGGCGAGCAAAUCGGCGACCAAGAAGGGCAGGAUGGGCUACCUAUGGUGGGUGCGGCUCUCGUCGUUUGCGGCCGGUGCGUCGACGGCUUCAGCGGUGGGGUUCUUGCUCCUUUACAAAGACCACCUCCUGGCCCGUGCCGCCAACGCCCGACAGGUGGAGGAUGUCAAGAGAAUUUCUAAAAAGCACUAUGAAGCACUGAAUCAUCGGAUCUCAGCACUGGAAAACAAAAAAGAAUCAGGAACUAAUAAAGAGGCAUCAGAUUAAUUAUGCAUGUUUGUUGUGUACAAUGGUUAAACAACUGCCAAUGUAAUUUGUUGUUGCUGCAUAAGUAUUACUGCAUCAUUUAAGCUGUACCAUAUUGUUGUUCAAAUUGCUAUGAAUCCUCAUUGUCAUCUUCAUGGCUUUGUGAGAUAAGACAGAGACCAAUAAGAAACAAUUUUGUCGUUAAUGAA